AAAAGAGGAGCCUGUGCAGUACAGUGCUAUGCAUACCCAGACGUGCCUGUGGUGCUGCUAUAAUGCGGUUCAGGGUUUAACGGGUUAACCCGCACAUCUGCGUGCACUGACGUUACCGCAACUCCGCGAGCUCGCGCGCUUCACCGACCGUCUUCAUGGCCCUUACCGGAGAUGCUGACUCUCUUCCCGGGAGCACUGAGAUGGAGAAACUGAGUGGUGGUGAGUGUCAGAUGAUGAAGGCGGAUUUGGAGGCUUCCCUCUCAGCGAGCUGCAGUUCAGCUAUUCAGUGUCGGGAUGUGUGUCGCUCCUACGGCAAGCUGCGAGUCCUCAGCAGCCUCAACUUGACUGUACCUCAGGGCCAGAUUUACGGCUUGCUGGGUCCGAGCGGUUGCGGGAAGACCACUCUGCUGAAGUGCAUCGUGGGAACUCUGAAGAUCUCUCGAGGUUACAUCAGUGUGCUCGGGAAGCCACCAGCGUUCCCUGGACACGAGGUGCCGGGAAGGAUGGUGGGAUACAUGCCACAGGACAUAGCGCUGUAUAACGAGUUCACCAUCAGCGACACGCUCUGGUUCUUUGGCCGAAUCCACGGUCUCUCAUCUAAAGAGACGCAGGAGCGGAUGAAGUUCCUCAUCGAGUUUUUGGACCUGCCACAGAAGAACAGUCUCGUCAGAAACCUCAGUGGGGGUCAGCGACGCCGUGUUUCUCUCGGUGCUGCUCUUCUUCAGAACCCUCACCUCCUCAUCCUCGACGAGCCCACAGUAGGAGUGGAUCCUGUUCUACGAGCCAAAAUAUGGCAGCACCUGGUGGAGAUUGUGAAAGGAGGACAGGUGUCCGUCAUCAUCACUACACACUACAUAGAGGAGGCCAGACAAGCCAACAUGGUGGGGUUAAUGAGGAACGGGAGGCUGCUGGCUGAAGCCAAACCAGAUGCGAUCAUGAAGCAGCACAAUGCAGCCACCCUGGAGAGUGCUUUUCUACAGCUUUGUGAGAACUCGGACCAAGUGGGGUCCCAGGACAGUUCUCAGGGUCCGGUGCGCAGUAACAGUCGGUCUCCAGACAGCCUGAAGGACGAGUGCAGGGAGCCCAUUUUGGGGAAGGAUAUAUCAACGUCAUCAUCAGACAUCCCCAAACUUAAAGUGGACUGGAAGGCGAGAGCAUGGCAUGUCAUUCCGAAAUGGCGAAAUAUCGCAGCAUUGACGAUCAAGACAAUGGUGCGAAUGAGGAGAAAUCCAGGUUCACUGUGUUUUCAGUUCCUGUUGCCCGUGAUUCAGAUCUGUCUGAUGUGUUUGUGUAUCGGCGGUGAUCCGAAGGGCAUCAAGGUGGCUGUGGUCAAUAACGAAACCAGCUCGAGCGCCUACAGCCGCUCUCUCCUCUCUUUCCUCGACAACACCAGCAUCUACCAGGUGAACCUCUCCCAUUCUGCUGCUUUUGAAGGCAUCCGUAACGGGGAGUAUUGGGGUGUCAUUGAGUUUGGUGAGAACUUCACCAGCUACCUGACCAGGAGGAUCUUGCAGCCGAGAGUCUCCAGGGACAUUGUCGAGGGGGGGUCCGUCCACAUUUGGCUCGACUUGACGAAUCGGCAGAUAGGAAUAAUGCUACAAAAGAAGCUGCAUGAAGCAUUUCAGGCUUUUGUUGAAAGUAAGAUGGGCAGUCAGGCCUACCUAGUGUCUGUUCCAGUUAAGUUCGAGGAGCCAAUAUACGGCAGUCAGAACACUACAUUCACCACGUUUGUGACUCCAGGAGCUGUUCUGAGCAUCACUUUUUACCUGGCGGUGGGACUCACUGCUCUGUCCUUCGUCUUAGAGAGGAAAGAGGGACUGUUGGACAGGUGCUGGGUGGCAGGCGUGAGUUCUCUAGAGACCAUGCUGGCACAUCUCUUCUCUCAACUGUUGGUCAUCAGCGUCCAGAUCACCCUGCUCCUGCUCUUUAUCCUGCUCGUCUUUAAGAUUCCCAACGAGGGCUCCCUGAUCCUGGUCAUUUGCCUGAUUGUUCUUCAGGGUGUGACUGGAAUCUCCUUUGGAUUGGUCAUUUCCUCCGCCAUCGACGACGAGCAAUCAGCCAAUCAGGCAGCUCUCGGCAUCUUCUACCCCAACCUCAUCAUCAGCGGUGUCAUUUGGCCGGUGGAGUGUAUUCCAUAUCCGCUGCGAUACCUGAGUCUGGCGCUGCCUCAGACGUACGCAUCUGAAGCCCUGCGAUGCAUUAUGUACCGAGGAUGGGGUCUGUCGCGCAUGAUGGUGUGGCGCGGCUUCGCCGUCACGCUCGGCUGGAACACGUUCUUCCUCAUGCUGGCCACCAUCAUCCUCAAGCUGAGGACAUAAGGGACGCCAGUCACUUGAAGGUGCUUCAGAUCUUGGAGAGAGGCAUCAGACAAGCCCCAGGCUUCAUGGAGGAGACCAGGCCUCUCCCUCUCCCUCUAGUUUUUUUGAUGAAGGAGCUCUCAUGAGUAGAAGAAUAAUGAUCACCUAGGGCUGGCAGUCAGAGUUCACUUUUAGCCUGAAGGCUACCUUAGAGUAGCAGAUCAGGUUCUUCUUUUUUCAUAAGAACCAGAACCAGUCACCUCAGGGAAAGAAUGGGCUCUGUUUCUGCAUCAGUAACAUUACACCAGCAAGUGUCAUACUUCAAAUUCAGUGACAUGUUCAUGAAUUGAAUUUAGUUUUAUUUGAUUUACAUAUGUCCUAAUUAGCACAGACCAGUCUUGACUACACUCAGAGAUCCUGAAACCACAUGAAAUACUGAUCUUUGACAUGAGUGUCACCUGGUGCAAAAUGGGAACAGUCCUGACCUUGGAAAAUUCAAGACCUCAGAAACCUUGACAGACAGGCUUUUUUUUGUGUGUGUGAGUUACCUCCUCUGACAUACGGCUGUAUUAUUUGCGUUGUGUUUUUAUUUCAUGAUAAGGUCACCUGUCAUUCAAACUCAGUGAGUGAGAUCAGCUAUUAAUAUUGGCUUACGAAAGAAGAGGACUAGUAAUAUAUCCAACCACAUGGUCUCAGGACUGACGUUAAUGAGUCAUGAGUGAAGACUGUAAUUUCAUUACAUCAUGUCUUCUAGAUAGAGAGCUGAGUCACACUGUGAACCACACAAUCUCUGCUUGGGGCCUGAGAUCUCCUUUAUAAAGCUUUAUGCUGGACAAUUUUACUGUCUCAUACAAAAAAUCUCACAUCAUGGAUUUUAGAACGCAUGUGACGUGCUCACCAGAGGCCAAUUUAGUGCCGAUGCAACCAAAGACAAAGUUCUGUCAGUGUUAAAAAUCUCAAGGAUAAAAUCUCAUUUUCUUCAAUUAUAGGUCUAUCAUUAAAGGAUCUGACACACAUUAUUGCUUAGUCUGUUAUAGAAAUCGGCCUAGACAGCGUGACAAGUAAUAAUCUAUUUAAAAAAUGGCUUAAGGUAACAUAUGUUUGUAAUAAUGUUAGCUAGGUAACAAUAUAGCUAAUAUAGCUAACCAACCUGGUCUAGCAUUGCUACAUUGAACUUUGAACUGUUGGUUACAAUGAACAAGGUUCUUCUAGUUCACCAGACUUACCAGUUGUACGUAAACCAGUCAGAAUAGCUAAUCCCGCCCACCGAAGAUGAUUGACAGGUGAUCUUAAACAGGCAAGGAAAAAAACAGCCAUUAAUUAACUAGGAUUUUAAUUUAAUUGCAUAUAAGUAUUCAUUUAAUGGAGGAUUUUGUUUUAGAGACGAACAUUAACGUAUUUUAUUGUACAUCCGAAAUAAAAUGUGUUGCUGUCUUUUCCUGUACCUCCUCAUGCUGGCCAAAGGAGGCGCUGUCUAUCAACAUCAAGAGCUCUAAGGAAUCCUUUUAUCAUGUACGUGAUAUUUUUGUUGCAUUUGUUUAUGUAUGUGUAUGUCGAGUGUCGUGAACUGUGGGGAAAAAUGUGCACGUUUACAUUAUUCUUAUGACCGAACCUGCAAUCAUUGUGAGCUGUGAAAAGAGAAGCGCAAGGAGGCAAUGCAUGUGUACUGAAAAGAAUUUGCCAGGGCUACAAGCACAAAGAUACCAGCCUUGUGCCAGUUACACCAGCUACAAUCAACACUGUGGCAUCUUACUGUAUGUCAAAAGAAAUACAGAGAUAUAGAUAUAUACAGAUAGAUAUAUUUGAGGUUAAUCGUUGGCUAUUGAGUAUUUUGGUGAACAGUGUUAAAUGCUAUGAAGGAAUGGCUUUUAUAAAGAUGUCUACACAAGAAUUUCUUGCCUGUGAAGUUGUUCUCCUAUGGGUUUUGUUUCAAAAUAUGAACUAAUUGGUGUUUUUUUUACAGGUAUAUAAGUACUGAAUAUAAAGAGUAUUUCUGUAUAUUUCAUGUUUUAUAACUUCUUGUUAUAAAACAGCUCCCUUUUUCACAUAUAGUUAACUACAGAGGACAUAAAACCCAAAUUAUUCCUUGUCUCUACUUUCUACUCCCUAUAUUUUCAAAAGUUUCUCUAUAAUCGCGUAUUUGUCAUAAAUGAUAUGGUGACUUUUUAGCAUCAGUCACCUUUUAUGGAGUUUAUUUAAAUUCUGAAAUUCCUAACAGAUCUAAACUAUUAAUAGAUGUGUUAAACUUUAAACAAGAAUGAAACCUAAUACCUUCAUUGUAAUCUGUUAGAAAGCUGUUCUUAGUUAGCCUUAGCUAAUGUUUACCAAUGUUCUUUGGUUCCAAUUGCUAUUUUGGAUAAAUGGUAAUAUGAAUUUGGAUAAAAAGGUAAUGCUGAAUGCUUUCCUGUAGUUUUUUAUUAAUUGUUUUUUUUUUAAAUAGCAAAUACACACACCUAUUCCAGUCCACUUCUUUCUACCAAAGUUAAAGUCAAUCAACCGUAAUGCAGAGUUUAGGGCCAACUUUGCUCCUGAAGAUCUACCACUCUUAAUAUGGUCUUUUGAAUAUUGGAUUAUGUUAUUGAUCAGUGCCUUGGAGCAUGACAAGUAUUAAACAUCUGACUGGUGGAAGAGCUCCAUGAAUGGGUUCAGGACUGCAAGGUGAGAAAUCUCCAAAAGCAGAUUCACAACUGAACUUAGCAAAUAGAUUCCUAGAUCUCCAGGAGCAAGGUUGGGACUGCUAAUGUGAGAUUCUCCAAGAGCAACACAGUUGCAAUCAAACGUGGCCCUAAACUGCAGAGAGAACUGCAACUACAAAAGGUUGGAAGCAGGGAUUAGAAAUGUUACAGGGAAACAAAGGCAAUUCAUUCACUGAACAUAAUCGAAAUUGCAAAGAAAAGGUAUUUUAAGUGAAAAGGUAUUAUCAGAGUGAAAAGGUAUUUUAAAAGUGUUAACCGGUUAAUGCUGUUAUUUUUCAUUUCCAGUGUGAAGAUAGUACAGCCUAACAUUUUCCCAGUAAGUCUAAUUUUCUGUCCAGAAUUCGUCACUUCCUGCACGCCUGGCUACAGGAAGGCAUGACGUUAGAUAGCCAGGUUUCUCGAAAAUGUGGCACCGUCAGGAAAAUCUGUGAAGAAAGUCUUUUUCCUAUGAUUAUGCAAGCAGCAAAUCACACUGCAAAGUAGACAGUUGCUGUGAAAAUGUUUAAUAUAAAUAUGCAUUUUUGGUUAAAUGCAGUGUUUGGUUUUAUUUAUAUCCUAGGCUUCCUAGAAGCAGAGUAGGCUAUCAGAUGUAAAGAAUGAUAUUAACUGUUCUUUUAUUUUUUUUCCAGCUUAAGAGGGGGGCUUGGAACGCUGAAGCAGGAACGUAAAAAUAUAUUUUCUGUUCAGAAUAAACCAAAAUUUCUAAUCCCUGGUUGGGACUAAACUCUGCAGGAUGGCAGAUCACAAGGUCAAUAAGUUAAAUUGAAGACUGUGAAUUCCUGUCUUAAUGACUGUUUGAACGCUUAAUAAUUAGAACCCAUAAAACCACCAACUGCAUCGACUUAAACUACACACGUUUGUCCUGCACUCCAUCUGACCUCAUGUUCCCAUGCCCUCUAUUUUACCCCUGCAUGUGUAUUUCAGAUCUUCUUCUUUAGCCACAAAAAACGCUGUGUUUUGUGAGACUGUAACACAUCCUACUCAGCUAUCUCAAGCCAAUAAGGUGUGGGAGUGAUGAUCUAGGAUUAGAUCACUAUAAACAAACUCAGGUUCUUUACAGAUACAAACAUAUAGCCUGAUAUAAAUGAGGCCAGUGAUAAGGAGGUGAGAGAAAAUGAAAGAAAGAGGUGGGAGAUCAAAUGGAGAUUAAAGAACAAAAACAUGAAAGCACAGUAAAUCAGGUUAGCCGCAAUGAGCCGCUCUGUAUGUGAGAACAUGUUGACCCUCGUGGAAAGAAUUUUGGCAGCUACACGUGCGUGUUUGCAACAUUUUCUCUUGGUAGGCGUUGCUCUUUUAUGCUGGCCUGAGCAUUCGUUUUGUACUUUUUGUGAUAAGGUUAACGUGGGAGUGUGGCCCGGGUCCAAGAUCUGGGGCAACUUUUAUAUUUAAGC